CUACUUAAGGCUCGCCCACGCCAAAAUCUCUCCCCCUCUCCCUGUGGUUGCUUCGGAGACCUCAUCUAGUUUGAUAUCCUCACGCCGCCUCCAGCGUCCGCUGAUCAAUUCCCUAUUCCAAUCGGGCUAGGGUUUCGUCUCCGAUCUCUAUUUAGAGGCUCGAAAGGAAUUGAGAGCGAGAGGUUGAGAGAGAUCGGCAAUCAUGUUCGGCCGUGGUCCGAGGAGAAGCGACAACACCAAGUACUAUGAGAUUCUCGGUGUUUCGAAGAAUGCGAGCCAGGAUGAGCUGAAGAAGGCUUAUAGGAAAGCCGCCAUAAAGAACCACCCAGACAAGGGUGGAGAUCCGGAAAAGUUUAAGGAGCUGGCUCAAGCCUAUGAAGUUCUCAGUGAUCCUGAAAAGAGAGAAAUCUAUGACGAAUAUGGGGAAGAUGCGCUUAAAGAGGGAAUGGGUGGAGGCGGCACUUCUCACAAUCCGUUUGAUAUAUUCGAGCAGUUCUUUGGUGGUAGUGCUUUUGGUGGUGGUGCUUUUGGUGGUGGCAGCUCAAGAGGUCGUAGGCAGAGACGAGGUGAAGACGUUGUUCAUUCUUUAAAGGUGUCCCUCGAAGACUUGUAUAAUGGAACAACCAAGAAGCUUUCAUUGUCGAGAAAUGCACUGUGUGCAAAGUGCAAGGGAAAGGGCUCAAAGAGUGGGGCAUCAGGAAGAUGUUAUGGAUGUCAGGGUACAGGAGUGAGGACAGUAACUAGACAGAUUGGACUAGGCAUGAUUCAACAGAUGCAGCAUGCUUGUCCUGAAUGCAGAGGCUCAGGUGAGGUCAUCAGUGAUAAAGACAAGUGUCCACAAUGCAAAGGGAGCAAAGUUACCCAGGAGAAGAAAGUAUUGGAGGUGCAUGUCGAGAAAGGAAUGCAACAGAGUCAGAAGAUUGUAUUCCAAGGCGAAGCUGAUGAAGCCCCUGACACGGUGACAGGAGAUAUUGUAUUUGUGGUGCAACAAAAGGAGCACCCCAAAUUUAAGAGGAAGUAUGAUGAUCUUUACGUGGAACAUACGCUCAGUCUGAGUGAGGCACUCUGCGGCUUCCAGUUUGCUCUGACCCAUCUUGAUGGCAGACAGCUGCUCAUCAAGUCAAAUCCAGGCGAAGUUGUUAAGCCUGGUCAAUUUAAAGCAAUCAAUGAUGAAGGAAUGCCUCAUCAUGGUAGGCCCUUCAUGAGGGGUCGCCUGUACAUCCAAUUCAAUGUUGAAUUUCCAGAUUCAGGGGUGCUCUCUCCUGAUCAAUGCCGCAUGCUGGAGACCUUUUUGCCGCCAAGACCUAGCAACCGCCUGUCGGACAUGGAGCUGGAUGAGUGUGAGGAGACCACUCUUUAUGAUGUCAAUAUUGAAGAGGAGAUGAGGCGAAAGCAGCAACAGCAGCAGCAAGAAGCCUAUGAUGAAGACGAUGAUGCAAUUCCAAGGGUACAGUGCGCCCAGCAAUAAGUUCACCUUUAGGUCACUAUCCUCUCACAAUAUGGGUAUUCUGGCUAUUCUUUCUUGCUGCAUGAUAGGGACUUCAAUGUUCUUCACUUUUCCUCUCUAUUUUAGUAUUAAUGUAUCUGUGAACCGUAGGGAUAGUUGGAAUUAUGGAUUGUUUUCUUUUCUGUUGUGAUUGUCGUGGAGCGCUGCUGGUUAUUACCUGUAUCAACUUUAUUGCUUUCCAGGCUUAUGAUUAGAUAUGAUACAUUCUAAAUAUACACGUGCU